GUGCCACAUCCUGCCACUGUGAGAAGUCCUGUGACUCCGACUGUGAAGCAGAGCUAUGUGGAUCUCAUUGUUACUGUCAGGCUGGCUAUGUCAGGAUGGGAGGCAUCUGUGUCCAGCUGCCACAAGACUGUGAAGUUACUCCGGAGACCACGUCCCGUCCGGUGACCACCCUGAGUCCCGAGACCUUCACCACGCCCGGGGUGUGCGCUGCGUCCUGCCACUGUGUGCAGACCUGUGGGGAGGGGUGCCAGGCUGAGAGGUGUGAGACAGGCUGCAACUGUGCCGCCGGCUUCGUCAGGGAGUUCGGCAUGUGUGUUCAGAAACCAACCGACGACUGCUUUGCAUCUACCACUUUGGCUCCUAAGAAGAUGACCACCUCACCUGAGGUGAGUACAGAGAAGCCAUCCCUGUACACCACUCAGGAGCCUUCAGUCUACACCACACAGGAGCCUUCAGUCUACACCACACAGGAGCCUUCCAUCUACACCACACAGGAGCCUUCAGUCUACACCACACAGGAGCCUUCAGUCUACACCACACAGGAGCCUUCCGUCUACACCACACAGGAGCCUUCAGUCUACACCACACAGGAGCCUUCAGUCUACACCACACAGGAGCCUUCAGUCUACACCACAGGGUCUGUACCACAGCAGACUACAGGAGCUGCCACUACUGCUGAGACAUACACAACACUACCAGUGUGUGCAGCAGACUGCACCUGUACCAGGACCUGUGAUGGCAGUCUGACCUGCCCCAGCUCAUACAGCCCUGACCUCUGUGCCGCCUGCCUCUGUGCUGAAGGUCGUAGGAACAGCACCUACUGUGUCCUACAGGAGAGCUGUGACUGUGUGUACGGGGGCAUGGACUACAACGUGCCUCGGCCAAACAAUGUCUGGACAGAGGGUAGCUGCACUGUGUGCCGCUGUCUGAAUGGAACAAAGGACUGUCACGUCAGCUGCAAUAUUGACAGCUGUCAGGAGGGCUACAUGCUUGUCGACAAUGAUGAGGAUGAGUGCUGUCGCUGUGUACCACAGAAAUGUGAAUACAAGGGCAAGUACUAUGCUUAUGGUGAGACAUGGCUGCCUGACACCUGUAUGAGCUGUACCUGUACCCAGGAUGGUGGGGUUGUCUGUGACAACAUGAUGCAGCAGUGUGACAUGGAGUGUGAUGAGAGCUAUGGAACACUGAAGUACACUGAAGGCCAAUGCUGCCCUGUCUGUGAGCCUCAUCCACCACAAGGUAGCUGCAAGCCCACUUACUCCAACACCACCCUGCAGCUGGGCGAGUGUGUCUCCACCUCUCCUAUCCGUAUGUCCACCUGUUCCGGCCGCUGCAGCUCCACCGCUCGCAUCCUGCUGGAGCCGCCCUACCUGGACAUGGACUGCACCUGCUGCAAGCCCACCCGCGUCCGCCGCGAGCUCGCACAGCUGUCCUGCGCCGACAACACCGUCAUCGAGCAGCCCUACUACAUCAUCGAAGCCUGCGGCUGUGAGGGAUGCGAGUACGAUCCGUUCUCCGCUUCUACCUACACCACCGCGAACAACUACGUUGGGAAAUAAAUCGCUGCAUGAGAUUGUUUGAUUUUAUGGAAUUUUGACACCGCGAGUUGCCGGACUGAGAUUUGCGAUGAUAUAGAAAGUAGAUGAUAUGAAUUGCUAAAUAAUAUGUUACAGAGUGUGUGUUUUCUUUUUCCGGAUUUUCUGAUUUCUUUAAACUUGAUGAACUUUAAUGGUGAGGUGAUUUGGCUGGGCUAUUCUUUCUGACUUGUGUAGAUGAAUAAAAAUGUGAGAAAUAAUCAAA